CUGUCUAAUAAAAUUCAAGAGCGCUCCGUCUCGCUGCCAUUUUCUUCUUCGUCUUCGCUGACCUCGAUUCUCCCUAGACUCUCUGCUACAGACAUAGUUCCGACCUGCCCGCUCGUAUUCGCGGCUCUUCUUCCUCGCCGGAGGUCUUUUAUUGCAAUCGUCUCGCGAUGCCGGUGAGUUCUUCUCAUCAUUGUGCGCACUGCUGCUAACAACUGUUAAAGUGAGCAAUGUUUCCUUGGGAGCAACAGAACGAGACAUAAAAGAGUUUUUCUCAUUUUCUGGUGACAUUGAAUAUGUUGAAAUGCAGAGUCAUGAUGAACGGUCUCAAACUGCCUAUGUCACCUUCAAGGAUUUGCAAGGAGCUGAGACUGCAGUGCUACUAUCGGGAGCAACAAUAGUCGAUCUAUCAGUUACAGUAACUCUGGAUCCUGAUUACAAGCUUCCACCUGCUGCUCUUGCAUCAUCUGAAACAGCCACAAAGACUCCUGUUGGUGGUGAUUCAGCUUUCCGGAAGGCAGAGGAUGUGGUCUCAAGCAUGCUAGCCAAGGGCUUCAUCUUAGGGAAAGAUGCUGUCAACAAAGCAAGGACUUUUGAUGAGAGGCACCAGUUGUCAUCCACAGCCUCUGCUAAAGUUGCAUCUUUUGAUCAGAAAAUUGGGCUUACUGAGAAAAUAAGUGUUGGUGCUUCGGUUGUGAGUGACAGAGUUCGAGAGGUGGAUCAAAAGUACCAGGUUUCAGAGAAGACCAAAUCAGCAUUUGCAGCUGCAGAACAGAAAGUCAGUACGGCCGGAUCCGCUCUGAUGAAGAACCGAUACGUGCUUACUGGGGCUUCCUGGGUAACUGGUGCAUUUAACAAGGUUGCUAAGGCAGCUGGAGAAGUGGGACAAAAGACAAAAGAGAAAGUGGAGGAUGCAGAACAGGAAGAAAAGCGAAAAGUAGAGGAUCAAUAUGCACAGGUUCUAUCAGAGUCUCCAAAAGCAGCAGCAGCAAGUGAGCAGCACUCUUCAAAGCCACCUCCCGCUCAGGGUUUGAUCCUUUAACAUUCUUGUAUAUACAUUCUGCGAAUUGUUUCUAUAAGACACCUUUAGACCAGUAUUUUUUUCUUUCUUUCUUUUGCUUGAGAUUGAAUUCGCUAGUUUAUUGAACAUGUCUGCAAUUGCUUAUUCUCUUUCAUGUAACAAAGAUAUACUGGGGGGUGAUAAUUUGCCUUUGCAACUGUUACCGAAAGAAUUGAAAGUCUAAAGUCUAAAUUCGAGAAUGGAGUUUCUGCUACA